UGUCGGUAUUGCCAUUCUCUUCUCGUGUGCUCUUUUUGAUGUCAUGUAAACACGUGUGUUGUUCAAUGUUUAUAUUGAGAAAAGUGGAGUAUUCUCGUACGAGACGUACCAUUUGAUUAUAGGAUAAUCAAGAAAAAGGAGCCCGUAGGGAAUAAGAGUCGUUGACGAUGACGGAAAAAGUGCGGAGAUAUGAGAAAAUCGAUUUUCUGGGUGAAGGACAGUUUGCCACGGUCUACAAGGCGAGGGAUAUAGAAACGAAUAAAAUUGUGGCUGUGAAGAAGAUUAAGAUCGGAAGUCGUGCUGAAGCUAGAGAUGGCAUAAACCGGACUGCUCUGCGAGAAAUUAAACUGCUACAAGAGUUAAAGCAUGACAAUAUCAUUGGCCUAUUAGAUGUUUUUGGCUAUAAAUCAAACGUAUCGCUAGUAUUCGACUUUAUGGACACUGAUCUGGAGGUGAUAAUAAAGGAUAGCAAUAUAGUUUUAACCGCAGCCAACAUAAAGGCGUACAUGAUACAAACCCUGCAAGGCCUGGACUAUCUUCAUUUUAACUGGAUACUCCACAGAGAUUUAAAGCCGAACAACUUGCUGGUGAAUUCGGAGGGUGUUCUGAAAAUAGGAGAUUUUGGCCUGGCGAAAUUUUUCGGUUCGCCCAACCGGAUAAACACUCAUCAAGUGGUCACGAGAUGGUACAGGGCGCCUGAAUUACUUUACGGUGCUAGACUUUACGGAACUGGGAUCGACAUGUGGGCAGUGGGGUGUAUAUUAGCUGAGCUUCUACUGCGAGUGCCAUUUUUGCCCGGUGAAUCCGAUUUGGAUCAACUCACCAGAAUAUUUCAGACGCUAGGCACUCCGACGGAAGAAACAUGGCAGGGGAUGUCCGAGUUACCGGACUUUAUUCAAUUCAAGCCCUUCCCUGGCACACCUUUGAAGCAUAUAUUCACUGCUGCUGGCGACGAUCUCCUAGAUUUAAUUGCCAGUCUCUUGAAUGUGAAUCCAUUGGAAAGGUGUACGUGCGAUCAGGCGCUACAAAUGCCAUACUUCAGUAACAAACCCGCACCAACAGCUGGACCUAAACUGCCUCUACCCAUGACCAUUAAACGCCACCGUGAAGAAAGACCUAGUCUGAAAAGAAAAUUAUUAGAAUCGAUAGAUGGAGCUUCUUUAGCUAAAAAGUUACAAUUUUAAUUGUGAUUGCUAAAACAAGUGAACGGGGAAUAAAAAAUUGUUCGCUAAAGACAUAUGAUAGUGCUAAUUUCAGAAGAUUAGAGAUCUUUAAUUGUGAUACUGUAUAUCAAAAUAUUGUGUAUGUAUUGUAUUUGCAUUACAAUAAAUAAUUCUAUAAAAAUAUUAA